CUCCGUACCCCCAGGCUCAGCUCAGAACGUGGUCCGGCCAUGGAGAAACAGCAAGAAGCAGCAGCAGACUCCAUCUCCUCUGUAGGCGUACAGAUGAAGGAGUACCCACCCUCCGAAGUGUACUCCACAGAGCCACCUCCGGCCUACGUGAGACCACGAGCCACGGCUGUCCAGAUCGCGAGGAUCGCAGCGGUCACAUUGAUCGCGGUGAGCUUCAUCCUCGGCUUCUUCAUGGUAGCUUCCGCUUACAUCACCGCCACCGCCACCUGCUACCAGGACUACCCACUUCCUCCUCAGGAAAAUGUUGAAGACAGGCCACAAUACCAGCAUUUGGUCGUCGAUCCACUUGAUUCCGAGGAAAGCGCACAUACAAAGCGAGAAAGUGUUGUCCUUCCUCAACAAGAACAACAACAAGAGCAGCAGCCUCAAGAACAUACCGUUCAACUUAAGUUGCCACUGCAACUCGAUUUCGACGAACUUGCUGGUUCUAUGAUCGAAAAGAACCAGAGGUCAAGAAUGAACUGCGUCGUCGAAAAAAGGCGAGCAGAAGAAGUGACUGACCAUCAACCCAGAACAGUUCGCCUUCCAUUCGGCGUUAACAUUUCUUCUGAUCCUCGUUACGAACACAUUACUGGUGAAAGGAUGGCCAUUUUCUGUGAAAGUGGUGCUGACCAAAGACAUGUGCCAAUGGAACAGCAGAUGGCACCCAUAGUCGUCCCUAUUCCAAUUCAUCAAAUGCCAAUGCAUCAUAAUCCCUAUCCCCAGCAGGUACCAUUCCACCCCAACGCCAUCCCUCAAGUACCACCUCAGUUCCACCCUCACGCUCAUCAAAGGCCACCAAUGGAACCACAACAACACCAGAUGCCACCACAUAUGAUGCCACAGCAGAUUCAGAUCCAACCACACCAGAUCAUCCACCAAAUGCCACCACAACAGCUCCCACCUCAGUUCCACCCUCACGAGGCUAUCGUACAGCAGGCUAUUCACCAGAUCGAACAGCAAGCGCUGCACCAAUCUCCAGAAGAGCAUCAAGUCAUCAUUCAGGAGGAAGAAAUUGUACCAGUGAUGAGAGGGUUCCAACAUCCAGAAGUUCCUGCCGACACUGUGAGGCCUCCACCUCUUCCAUUCCAUCGUCUUCCAGUACACCUACCACAUCAACAACAACAGCAAAUGCAGCAUCAACAACAACAACAACAACAACAGCAAGAAUCUCAACCAAGGCCUCAUUACGUCCAACCAAGAUCAGUGAGGAGCGUCGAUAAUGUACUCCUCCACAGGGACAAGAGGGUACGUCGCUGCGCUUGUGACUGUGCCUGCUAAACGCAAACCACCGAACUAACAUUAAAUAAUAUACAUUUUUUUCUAAUAGUUUUAAGAAUGAAUACUAUGUAAAUAAAAUGUAACCCUUAAAAAAAUGUAAAAAAAAAAUAUUGAAGCUGGUUAAAUAUCAAAAUAGAUGAGGUGGACAGUAUUUUAAUCAUAGAAAACUGAGAAGCUUGUUGUAAGAUGCGUUAGGUUUUGUACAAAAAAUUCGACACGAAAUGAGACUUUUUUUAUGAUAAAGAAAAUUAUUUUUGUAGAUAUAUUAUGUUUUGUAAUUUUAUUAUUCAAUAAUGAUUGAAUAGACUAAUUUUUUUUUUCUUUUUACAAAUUGUGUUAUUUUUUUCAUUACCUACUUAAUCGUAUUAGUACUAAGUUGAAGUUAAGGUUUCAAAUUAUUAUAAACAUUCAUACAUUUAUCAUCAGAAAUAUUCGCAUCAAUCAUAGAAAGUAGUUUUUUUAAUAUUAUUUUUUAAAAAAUAAUAAAAAAAAUGAAUAAAUUUUUAAUGAAUAAAAAAAUAAUUUGUGUUAAUCACUCUUGAGAUUUCAUUAACAAUAACUAUGUAUAAACAAUAAAUAACAAUUCAUUCAAUACAUUGUUUGUAUACUUUCUGCUCCAUUACUUUGUUCUACAAGUUGAUAAUAAACAACAUCUACAGAUAAAAAUAUGCAUAUUAUUUUUUAUAAUUAUGAAGCAUUAGUAUAAAAUGAAUAAUAUAGAGAAUAUAUUAGGAAGCAUAACCAGAUAAAAGAAAACCUAUAUUGUUUUUACAAAAGGAAUUAAUUCCUCAGAAGUGAGGGAGAGAACAACCAAAAAAGAAAUAAAUAAAAAGAAAAUGUUGAGAGUUCAUAUGAUGUGUAAAAAUAAUAUAAUUAUUGCGAAGUGAACACAUUUAAUAUUGAAUAUUUAAAACUAAAUUCAUAUGCAUAUUUGUGUAGUUGUAGAAAUUGUUUUUUAUUUUUAUGCACACAAAUAUACUUAAACGUAUCUGAACAAUUGAAUAUAUUACAUAUUUAUAAUCAUUAAACAUUAUGGCGAAGAAGACUGUCUCCAUAACUUAUGUGCAUUUCUAUAACUUUUCCAGCUAAAAAUGAAAUAUAUUUUUGAUUUCUUACUUUAAACAUCAUCAAAAUAAAAACAUGUUUUAACAGCC